AUGGACAUAAUAGUGAACUCUUUGUACAGCCAGCGAGAAGUCUUUUUGCGGGAGUUGAUUUCCAACGCAGUGGACGCUCUGGAGAAGCAGCGCUUCACCGCCCUCACCGCCAGCAGCAGCAGCAGCAGCAGCAGCAGCAGCAGCGAAGGGCAAAUCCAGAGAACUCAGGUGUACAGACGCCUCAAACUCGAGGAAUCCAGGUGUACAGACACCCGAAAUCCAGAGGGUUCCGGUGUACAGACACCCCGGGCUCGACGAAUUCAGGUGUACAGACACCUCGGGCUCGAGGAAUCCAGGUGUACAGACACCGGAAGCUGGCGCCAAGUUGAGGUGUACAGACAGCUCGGCCUGCCGCGGAAUUCAGAAAGCCACGGGAUUGAAGUGUACAGACACCUCAACAGCCACAGGGUUCGAGCUGGCCUCCGACCCGCAGCAGAAAAUUGUCUCCAUUUGCGACACGGGAGUUGGAAUGACGAAGCAGGAGUUGAUAACGAACUUGGGGACUGUUGCGAAGUCGGGGACAAUGAACUUCCUCGAGUCCCUCGCCAGCAGCAGCAGCAGCAGCAGCAGCAGCAGCAGCAGCAGCAGGAUGAACACGGCGUCGGCUUCUACUCCGCCUUCCUCGUCGCCGACCGCGUGACCGUCAUCUCCCGCAGCAGCAGCAGCAGCAGCAGCAGCAGCGGGGAGGAGGGCAAGGCUUACAUCUGGGAGUCAACAGCAGACGCAAAGUACUACUUGGCGGAAGCCCCAGCAGCAGCAGCAGCAAACCUCAAAAGAGGGACUUGUGUUUUGCUGCACCUCAAAGAAGAUGCAACAGAGUUUUUGCUGCCGCAGCGCCUCAAAGAACUUGCUGCUCGUUAUGCGCAGUUUCUUUCUUUCCCCAUUUAUGUCCGAGUCCGAGAAACUGUCACUGAAGACGCUCCUGCUGCUGCUGCUGCAGCAGAUGCUGCAGCAGCAGACGCAGCAGCAGACGCAGCAGCAGAUGGGGAGGCCAAGGAGGCAGCAGACGCCGUCGAUGUCGAGGAACUCGAUGAAGCGGACAAGAAGGAAAAGACG